AUGUUUAUCUUACUCGCAAGUCACCAGCAAAUUAUAGUUCGGACGAAAGCGCUGCCGAGCAUUGGCGUGGUGGUCAUUCUAGCCUCUGUCGGCGUGAUUGUCAGCGUCGCGGUGAGCAAGAGAUCGUCGAGGUCGUCUAGUACGAGCGAUGACGCGCCCAGGCAGUACCAGCAAAGGUAUCGGCUGCCAAGGCGUCAACACGGAGUAGAUCAUCCACCAUCACGUCCGACAACACAAGUACUACGUACUCGCUCGCAGUUUUUGCCUUUGGCGACUGGGAAACAACAAUUACUCGAAGUCCCUUUGUUCUCGGUCAGCGACGUACGGAACUGCAACGAUAACGACAUCAAUGCUGAGGAUGAUGAGGCGGAAUCAACAUGCCUGAAGACUAUCGUCAGCGACAUUAACAAGGAGGAGAGAACGGAGAAAGUGGUUGGAGACACUUUUGCGCUGUUCGACGACGCUGGUGUGACGUUGCCGAACACGACGACGCCCGGCGACGACAGCAUCGCCAAUGCCCACAACGUUGACUUAAACACCAAUAGUCACGUCUUCUACGGACUCACAAGCAACGGAUACACCCUGCUGCAGCCAAGUCGUCGGCCAAGGGUGCGGUAG